GUCAUGCGGACGCAUGCUAGCUUUUGGUAUGGUCGUGUGAAAGAGUGGUUGCUCGGCAAUAAAAUCAUUGCAAUGGCUAUUCACGCGGCUUCUAUUAUGCUAUUGUUAAAGGUAUUAUGUACAUAUUGUAUUCUGUUCAUAUCGGAAACAUAAGAGGUAUGAACUAUGCUGCCGGUGUAUAUUAACCUGGGAAGAUUUCGAAAUGUAGAAAAUGUGACACCGUUCGUGGACAGCGAAUUCGAGUGUUACCAGUCUUGACUGACUCGCGUACAGCCGUGGACCCGCUUGUGUAGUUAUUUUGGCAUGGAAAUAUUUGUCUAGUUUCAUCGCACAGGGCUGAAAGUUAAUGAAAGGACAUGUAUUGCAAAGAACAUACAAAGUCUUAUAGCCAUAACAGAUGAUCAAGAAAUUACGACAAUGGCUUGGGGCGAUCAAGAAGAAAAAGAAAUUUUAAUUGGGUCCGGAUCAAAAGGAAUUCCAAGUGUUAAAAUAUAUGAUACCGAAUACUCAGCAUUUACAAGUUCAUUUAAUUGCGAUGGCGGAAAAGGAAAGAUCAAAGGAAUUUCCAGGUUCAAUGAGGCGCAUGAUUUUAUUUUUAGCGCUGUAAUAACAGCAGUUGAAACGGGUCAUGUGAAGUUAUGGAGAUACAACGAGAGUGAACAAAUAUCGAUAAAUGCUGGUGAAAAUUUGCAGAGAAUGAGGCAUUCGAUCGUGAAUAAAAAUAUAAUCGCCACCGGAGGUCGUGAAAAUCCUUUGAAGUUGUUUGACCUGGAGAAGCAGGAAAAAGUGUUUAUUGAAAAAAAUGUUCCACCUGACAUAUGCCAGUUGCGAAUGCCCGUUUGGGUCUCUGAUCUAAUUUUUUUGCCGAACACCAGUUCAGUUGUUACAGCAAGUAAAUAUGGCCAUGUUCGUUUAUACGAUCCCAGGUCCACACAGCGAAGGCCAUUAAUAAAUCUUGAGAUCAAAGAUGAGGCUUUGACAACUAUUGCAGCUGCUCAUAAGGAAAAGCACGUAGUUGUCGGAUCUGGGAAAGGAAGAAUGAAUUUAAUCGAUCUGCGCAAUCCUGGAAAAAUUUUGAAUACGUACAAAGGUUUUACCGGCGGAGUAACAGAUUUAGCUUGCAGUCAGUUACAUCCGUUAAUAACGAGUGUUAGCCUGGACAGGCACCUAAGGAUUCACCAUUUAGAAACAAAACAACUGUUGAAAGAGGUUUAUUUGGUAUUCUCACUGAAUGCAGUGUUAUUGCGAUCAAACUUUUCAUUGGAAGCCAACAGCCCGUUAUUGGAAGACAAUGUCGAAAACACCAGGCCCAUAAGUUGUUCAACUGAUCGGUCAACCGUGACAAGUACUGCGACAGAAAAUUGUGUCGGGCUACAUUCAGAUUACGAUGUUGAAUAUGACGAGAUGUUUAACCAGAUGCCAGUCAUCGACAACGCAAGUGAUGCAAAUGUUACCCAAAAUAAGAGACACUACCCAUAUAAAGAGGAAGCAACCGUCAUAGAUGAUACUUUGGAGUAUGACAGUGGUGGAAAUAACAAAAAAUCACGUGCAAUGAAAAAAAACAGAAGAAAGUCGAAAGUUCGCUGAGGAGGGAGAUUACCUUGCGGUUAUUUUUUUAUCAUUAAAUGACACACCAUUGUUCUGUAUAAUUGUAUGAUUGAAUAACCCAGUGUUCGUAAAAUAUGGAUUUAAAACCA